GGCUAGUGUUGAUUCCAAUUCCAGCACAAGGACAUAUAUCUCCAAUUAUGCAACUUGCGAAAGCUCUUCACUUGAAGGGUUUCUCAAUCACAGUUGCUCAGACCAAAUUCAGUUACUUUAGCCCUCUAGAUGACUUCACUGAUUUUCAGUUUAUCACCAUUCUAGAAAGCUUACCGGAGUCUGAUCUCGAGAAUCUCGGGAAAAUUCUGUUGGCCCUUAAGCUCAACAAAGAGUGUCACGUGGGUUUCAAGGAAUGUCUGGGUCAGUUGUUGCUGCAACAUGGUAACGACAUCUCAUGUGUCAUCUACGACGAGUUCCUCUACUUUGCAGAAGCCGCGGCCAAAGAGUUUAACAUUCCAUCCGUUAUUUUCAGCACAACAAGUGCCACAGCUUUUCUUUGCCGCUCUGUAUUCGACAAGUUCUUGAAUGAGUUUAAAGAAAAGCAAGACGAGCUAGUUCCGGAGUUUCAUCCCCUGAGGUACAGAGACUUUCCGGAUUCACGUCGGGCACCAUUAGAAAGCAUAACAGAGCUAUAUAGGAACGCAGUUGACAAACGGACAGCUUCCUCUGUGAUAAUCAACACAUCGAGCUGUCUAGAGAGCUCUUCUCUGUUUUGUCUGCAAGAAUCACUAGAAAUUCCGGUGUGUCCUAUAGGCCCUCUUCACAUGGUGGCCUCAGCUCCCACGAGUCUGCUUGAAGAGGACACGAGCUGCUAAAUUUUGACAAUCGAAUGGUUAAACAAGCAAAAGCAAAAUAGCGUGAUAUUCGUGGGUUUGGGAAGCUUAGCUUUGAUGGAAAUUAAUGAGGUAAUGGAAAUGGUUUCGGGAUUGGCUGCUAGUAACCAAAACUUCUUAUGGGUGAUCCGGCCAGGGUCAAUACGCUGUUCGGAGUGGCUAGAGUCCUUGCCUGACGAGUUCAGUUAGAUGGUUUCGGGUAAAGGUUACAUAGUAAAAUGGGCACCACAAAAAGAAGUGCUUGCUCAUCCUGCAAUAGGAGGGUUUUGGAGUCAUUGUGGAUGGAACUCGACGCUAGAAAGCCUCGGGGAAGGAGUUCCAAUGAUCUGUAAACCGUUUACCGGUGAUCAGAAGGUGAACGCGAGGUACAUGGAGUGUGUUUGGAAAAUAGGGAUGCAAGUGGAAGGUGAUCCAGACAGAGGAGCGGUAGAGAGAGCUGUGAGGAGGUUAAUGGUGUGCGAAGAAGGAGAGGUUACGAGGAUGAGAGCCGUCACCUUGAAGAAGAAACUAAGACGUUCCGUUAGAAGUGGAGGUUCUUCCCACAACUCGCUAGAGGAGUUUGUCAACUUCUUGAGGACUCUGUGAAGAAAAUUAUUCUCUAUUUAAUUCACCAUAACUUGCCAGUGAAAACAUAAGGUUAAAGCAGGUUGGUCAGAGGAUGAGAAUGGCUUAGGUGGAUAUCAAGAAAUCUUUGUAAUUUUCUAUUCUAGGAGAGAAUGUCUAGAGGAUAGUUUUUUUUUUUUUAACGUCCGAUUAGUUAUUGCUAUUACAAUGAAGAUUCUACGGCCGACAAUUUUAUCACCAUAUGAAAAUGCACGUCUAACUGCAUCACUCCGGUCCGCCCUAUGAUAUCCAUGUUCAAUGAUACGCCAUGCACAAUGCUGAAUACCUUUUGUACCUCUUAUUUUUAAUAAUCUGCAUAAUUUGUUUGUUUUUUCUCAGGU